CAACAGUAUAGUGUAGUAGUCGAGUUGGUUUAUAUAGCGAAGACUGGGAGCACAGCGCGCACUCUAUAUAUGAAUGCGCGAGACACACUGAACAUCCAUUAGCGCGCGAGACACACUGAACAUCCAUUAGCGCGCGAGACACUAUUAGCGCAGCAAAGCUGCACGAGGACUUCUAUAUGUCUUUUUGAACAGUGACACAUGUAAAAAGUUUUACAGGACUUUUAACGAGGCGAAUAUCAGAACUUUUCAAGUACAUCACUCUAAGGCUAAAGUCGCAUAUUGGGACACUAUGCAUUGUCAAGCAGAGUUGAGACUCGCGAGCACCGCGCAGAUGAAAGCAGCCCGAAGACGAUAUAAGACAUUCAUGAUCGACGAGAUCCUCUCCAAGGAAACUUGUGAUUACUUCGAGAAACUUUCGCUUUACUCGGUUUGUCCCUCUUUAAUCGUCAGACCAAAACCUAUGCAUUCAUGCUCGGGCUCUGGCCCACUGAGAACUUACCCUCUCCUCUCUGUGAUCACACACCAACCUCCCAGCAGCCUACAACAGCUCUCUCAGGUCUCUCCUCAAGGCAGGAUCCCUCACCUUCCCCUUCUUUCCCCCCAGCACUCGCUCUGCUCAGAACCAACACCCAGCGAGACGCCUGUCAGCAUCAGCAGUGAAUCAGAGAUAGAGCACUCAGCCCUUCGGCUCAAGAAACCCCGCCGCAGUCGUACCAUCUUUACCGAGCUGCAGCUCUUGGGCCUGGAGAAAAAAUUCCAAAAACAGAAAUAUCUGUCCACUCCAGACAGACUGGACCUGGCUCAGUCUCUGGGACUCACACAACUCCAGGUGAAGACAUGGUACCAGAACAGACGCAUGAAAUGGAAGAAAAUGGUGUUAAAAGGAGGACAUGAGGCUCCAACCAAGCCCAAAGGCAGGCCUAAGAAGAACUCCAUUCCGACCACAGAGGAGAUUGAGGCAGAGGAACGGCUUGCGGAGAAGCAGGGAGAGGAGGAGAGGCUACAAGAAGAGGUCCAGGCUGAAGUACAUCUUCAGUCGCAUGGGGAGGUCUUUCAAUCUCAGCCUCAAGAUCUGAGCACAUCUGCUAUGUCUACUGAGUCCAUCUGUCCCUGUGAUCCAGAGAAUUCUGCUUGGGAACAAGCCCCUGCAUCUCCAUCAGAAGCAAUGGCAUCCAGCUAAACCCAGCCAUGCUAAUGCACAACCAAAGACAGCUACUGAAAGACUUUUUGAUAACUGAUGCUCUCUGAACUGGAGCUGUUGAAAGGCCUCCAUAACCUUUUUAUUUUUUUGUCAAAUACAAAAGCUUCAAGAAGUAUUUGGAUAUUUAAGCCACACCUAAAAAUCUACGAAUGUCAUUGCGUAAAUAAUAAAAUAUCAAAACCAAUCCAAUAGGCAUGGGGGGAACUAAUUUCAUACUUACCUACUAAAAUUGACCCUAGUUAGUUCUGAGAAAAGGUCUUGCAUUAUUUGUUUGCAGAUACCACUUGUUUUGAUAUUUAGUUUUUCUAAUGCAAAAACAUUCACACAAUUUUAGGUGUGGCUCAAGUGUCCAAAUACUUUUCACUGGCCACUGUAUAUGGCAAUGCAGUGAUCAACGUUGUAACAUUGCUUUAACUGUUUCUGUCAUACAGCUGCCUUUCUAUAAUGUAGUCAGUAUUUUAUGAACAUGUACAGUAUGGUUUUUAACACGGUUGAUACUGUAUGCUGCCAGACACUCUAACAUAAAACUGAAUCACACAGACCCACUGUCUCACACUAGUAUGGCAUGUUCUAUAUUGAUAAAUGGUAAGUGUUUAUUUUUUCCUGUAUAAGUUGCUCUCCUUCUCUGUAAAUAUUACCUGUUUAAUUGCCCCUGUAGUUUACAGUGCACCUGUGUACUGUAGCUUGGGAUUCUGUGCCAAAACACAUAAAUCUAAGAAGCUAAAUUUCCCUUUGGGAAUUUUUUACUUUUGUUUUUUGUUUUUUUUUACAUCUAUGAAGCUGCUGCCAUUAAACGUUAAUGGGACGGGUUAGUAUGAAUACCAGUGUAAACAUGUACAUAGUUCUGGCAUUUACAUGAGAACAUGUGGUUCUUUUUUUAAAAAAUAGCAGGAUUGUCCAGUUUGGGUAAAGAUUAACUUGACAUCAUAAUAGGCAAAGAAUCUGUCAACGCUGAGUAUCGCAAAAGAAAAUAAAUUUUAAGAAACAUUAAUGGUCAUAUUGAUUUAAGUAAAGCUUCUUAAGUGCCCUUUCUCAGCGAAUUGAUAAUGUCUUUUCUGUUUGCAGAGUGAAAUAAUUGAAUUUGUUCUUUUUUAUGUGUGGUAUGCUUCAAAGUUAUAUAUUUGAACUCAGUCAUGGCUUCAAAUCACAUUUUUGCAAGGCAACUUAGUUCACUCUUUGAGGCUGAAAAACAUGAUCUAAAGUAUGGAGUCCCAGAUGUAGCAUGCUCACUAUUGUAUGUUUCUUUUUUAUUCCCUUCUGUAAAAAAAAAAAAAAAAACAAGAAAAACAAAUGAGAGAAAAUUAAUUGUUGUACCUUUUCCCCCCUGCAGUGUGGUGCAGUACAACACAACAAAGUGCAAGCUGGUUUUAUUACUGUUAGAAAAACCACUUAAUCUGUCAGAGACGCAAAGCAAUUAAUAAAUCACACUCACUAGUAAAACCCGCAAAAAAACAGCCAAAAAAAUAAUAUCAGUGGUACAUAUUGAAGCCCUUGGGAGCUCCACACAUGCCUACAAUCCAGCUGACCGCCGGCCUACAAAUACAUCAUCAUCAAAGACAUAGACUGUAUUCUGCAUGUCAAAUGCUAGUUUUAAACUGAUUUAUUUGUAAAAUUUCUUUUUUUUUUCUCUCUGUCUUUGGCCAAAAAAUUAUGCAAAUAUUUUUAGUUUAUUUUUUUAUAUAAAACAACAGUUUUUCUCAUUCACGUACUGAAUUUUAAUGGAUGAGCAAUUAAAUGCAUAUAUAUUUGAUGAAUCCCUUUUUCACCCAAAAGUUGUCAUUUUUAUUGUAUGUGCAUGUGUGUUUGUAUUUUUAAUAACAUUUAUUAAAGAUGGCAUUCAUUUUGGAAGUCUGACAUGAUGUUA